AUGCCUUCCUGGCCAGAGCAUGAGCCGCAGCAGGUAGCUUCCCAGCGCGCCGCAGCAGCCGAUGACUCUUUCCAGUCUCUAAUGCCGGUCUCGGAGGGCAUUACCUCUCCACCGAUUGGUCACAGCGCCGUCAUGGAAGAGGACCGAAGCGGCCGAGUGCGGCGGCUGAACGCGGAUGUGAACGACGCGCUGCUGCACGGCAAGGGUCAGGGGUUCGAAGGAGGAGAUACAGCGUACAGGGAAGGGGUUUGGGAUGUCGAGAAGGGUGGCGAAUGCGAUGGCGCCAGCUCAGCCGCCAGCGAGGACGAGGAAGUGGACUUCAUGGGCGGCUUCAGCGUGAACAGUAAUUUUGACCCCAACGUAGAUGUGGUGCUGCGAUUUGAAUUCGAAUCCGCGAGGCAGCUGCGAGUGACGGCAGCGUUUGUGCUGCUGUCUCUGCUGGUGGGAAUCACAGCCUUCAUCAUCCUUCUCAUCAUCAGCCGAUCCAUUGUGGAUGAUUCCUUCCUCUUCCGCAGCACCGCGCUGGAGUACAUGAACCUCAUUGCAGCGGCUAUUAUCAUCGGUCUGACAGUCACAGUUGUCACCCACUUCACCUACCGCCGUAUUGUCACCACGGCGGCUGACCAUCUGAUUCAGGAGGUGACAUGGCUGGCGCCGAACGCAUGGACACUGUCCCACGACUGCGCCUGGUUUGGCAAAUUUGUAGCAAUCUGUGGCAUCAUCCGCUGGAGCACUCUGAACCUGAUGAUGAUCAUAUUUGUCAUCACGGGCCACAACACAAACCCCUGGGCCGACAAGAAAGGGAAGUUGCUUGGAGGCAGAGCGGAUGCCAUUGUAUUAGAUGCUCCUCAGUGGCGCACACACAGCCCCAAACUCAUCCUCUGGGCUAUUUUUGAGAUCCCCUACGUUCUGGAGCUGACAGACAUCUUCUCUCCAUUCUAUGCUGAGAAGCGGUACAUCACUCUUUCGAACGAGGGCGACUGCCGCUCGUGGCGCUACAGCUGCAGUCCCCCCAACUUUACAAAGAUCGCCACGUUCUCCGGGGGCGUGAUGAUGACGGUGUACCUAUUACUGUACGUCUACUACCUUCACCGGGGGUUUGUGCUACUUCGCUCGCGCCCCUACAACUCAUUCCGGGUCGGCAACGUGCUCGUCAGGCUACAGGCGUCUCGGACCAUCACUGCGUUUGCAGUGGCGAUUCUGACGUGCGUAUUCCUGUGGUUCAUCAACCCGACCUCGUGCGCAUCCUUCUUCUUCUCCUGGCAGGGCCUCUUCCCCAUGCAGGUGGUGGUGGCAGCGCUGGUGAUAGCGGACUGCGUUUCUUUCAUGCCUGGCAACCCACACAACGGCGAUGACCCCAUUCUGCAGGUCUGGCUGCAGCAGUUCGCUUGGACGGAGGCCCAAAAAACCGAGCGGCUGGCCGAGCGGCUGACGCGGCUGACGGGGCCGGCCGCGGCUGAAGCAUUGGCCGCGGAGCCGAUGUUCUGCUUUGAGACGGCGCUAAAGGCGCUCUACUGGAGCACUCUCGUGUACCGCUACGACGAGACCGCGCCGGAUCUCACCAGGGACAAGCCUGCGCUGGGUGAUGGGCCGAGCCAGCCCCGGUUCACUCCGCAGGCGGGCAUGGGGAUGUUUGGGCUGCAGCAGGUGCAGCUCUUCUGGGAACGCUCCCUUGACACCAAGGUGCUGAUUGGCUGGUCGGAGCGCACGAUCGUGAUCUCAUUCCGGGGGACUGCUUCGCUGCGCAACGCCAUCGCAGACCUGCAGGCAUGGCGGGUGGCGCAUCCGCCCAGGAGGGGUCGUUGGUGGCUGGCGUCUCUGCCCAUGGUGCACUCGGGGUUCCACUACUCAUGGACAGCCAACGGCCUCAACAGGCGGGUGAUCGCGCAUGUGCAUGAGAUCAUCGCGGCGAGCGGUCUCAAGGCGGCGAACAUCCGGGUGUUAUUGACUGGACACUCGCUCGGCGGCGCACUUGCCGGUCUGGCCGCUCAUGACCUUGUCACCCAGUGCGGCCUCACCAAUUGCCAGGUGUACACAUUUGGUGCCCCCCGGCCCGGCAACCGCGCAUUCAAACAGGAGUACGAUCAGCUCGUGCCGGAUACCUGGCACAUCAUCAACGAUGCGGACGCGGUGCCGCGGGUGGGAAAGUUCCUUGUGCUGUUUGCGCGGCCGGGGCAGCGCGUGAUUGUGGACUACCGAGGUGACGUCGUCGUUCGGCCGUCGCCGCACGAGAUCCACAUCCGUAACGGCAGCAACCCGGGGCACCAUUUUCUGGCGUCAUACCGCCGCGCUCUCAUGGGAAUCUGCCAGGCGCAGUUCACCGGCAAGGCCCUUAAGGGGGGUCACGACGCGGUGCUGCAUCUGGCGCAUCAGCCGGAGCUGCGCGUGUUCCUGGCCGCAUGUGGCCUGCCGCCAGAAACUCUGCAGCGGCUGUCGGCCGCCGCCGCGCUGCGCCGCUCCGAGACCGCACGAGCCCGACUGCUGCGGAGGAUGGACUCUUCUGCGCCGGUACCGCAGCGGCUGCAAGGCGAGGCCUCGUAUCACGGCUACGGCGCGAAACUGUCGGUCAUGUUCGACCGCGUCGGGUCUCGGCACAUGCCGCCGCUGAGCUGGCGGCGCCAGUCAGCAUCAGUCAGCGGCGCCCUAACCUCCCUCGGCCAGGGGCCCAGGAUCUCAGAAGAAGAGGCGGAGAUGGCUGCGAGCAUGCACGAGUCAGACACCGGCGCCACAGAGGCAGUCCAGGCAUCGGCAGGAACGCCGUUGGAGUCAGUGCUUUCCAUACCACCGCCGGCCACCGGCGAACCCCCGGAGACCCCCCGCCAAGGGGAGAUGUUUGUGCGGGGGGCUGUGGAGCUCGGGAGCCCCUCGGCUGCAACAUCCGCGCAAGGAGAACUGCGCAACGAACUGCUCGACAAGGGGCUUGCUCCAUUCCAGGGAACGCCGUCGCGUUCGUCCCCGAGCAUGCGCUCGCUGGCAAGCAGCCCCAUGCACUGGCUGGGGCGGCGUCGGUCUAUGGCGGCAUCCCCGGGCCGGGCGCCGGCGCUCGGCGUGCGCCGCUCGAUCGACCCACAGCCAAGCGCGCAGCCGCCGCACGUCCCGCUACGGCGCGCCGUCACGGAAGCCCCCCAGCAGCUGUCACUGGCCGUGGCGGAAGCCGGCCGAUGGGAGCCGCCGCCGCUGCCGGACUGGCGCAGCGCCUGGCAGGAACUAGUUCCAGAAAAGAGCGACGCCGAUGCGGAGAUUGUGUACCGAGCAGAGUACCGGCCGACGGCGGCGGAAAUGCCGGCGUCGCCGUUCGUGAGUCCAAGGGAGCAGGAGCCCGAGAGGAAGCCGGCCGCCUCUGCGGCAGCGGCCGCUGGCGGCCGGCGGCCGCCGCGGCCGUCGUCUACAACCGCGUCCCCCACGCCGUCGGCCCCGGCCACGCCGCGCCGCGCCGCCGCGCCGAUGACGGUCCCCAGCUCGUCACCGCCCAGCGAUGCGCGCAGAUGGCCGGCCGGCGCGCCAGUUUCGGCAUCGCCGCCGCGGCCGGCGAUGCUGCCGCGGCACAGCACGGGCGCCGUACGCCUGGCCGCCGCCGCUCAUCUCGAGGAGCUGCCGCGGCGGCACAGCGCUGCGUACGUUUCGUCUCCCGCUGCGUUGCCUCCACUGGCCGUGCGCACCUCGGUGAUCCUCGGCGACGCGCCGCCGCCGUCGUCAGUGCCCAGCACUCCCGCAGCUUCCCGGCGGCCACCCCUCCUGCGCCAGAGGACGGUGGGUUCGUGGCUGAUGGGGGCGGUGUCGGAUCUGUCAGCGGGUGAGUCAGCUGCUGAGUCAUCACAGCCCAGCCUGCUGCAGCGUGCGACGCAGUCAUUGGGCGGCCGCGCCAGCUGGCGCCAGCAAGAAAUCCAGGCUGUCCUCCAGAAGCUUCAGAACGAGCCUGAUAUGGUGGAGGGCAGCUUGGGCAGCGCAAGCCGCGGCCCGGGCGGCCCGGCCGAGCGAAGGGAACGCGCGACGAUUUCUGCGCGGAUAGAGAACGCCGUUGUACCGGAGCUCGGAGCGCUGGCCGCGCGCUGCAGCCGCCUUGUCGGCCAAGCCUCGCUGGCAUUCAAGAUCCGCACAGAUCCGGACGAGGAGAUGACAGACAUGCAGCAAGCCCUGCAGGAGCUGGAAGAUGCCAAACUAGACCAGGACGCCCCCUGGAGCAUUUCUCAGAAAGACUCCAUGGCGCAGCCUUGA